AUGGAAGCGAAAUUGUUGACGCCGAACAACAAUAAUAUGCCGAGCACCGCCGCGCACGUACAGCCGACCUACACGAAUCACCAGCGAUACUGUACGGCGCCGAAUGUGGACAUCGGCGAAUCCAAGACCAACCUGAUCAUCAACUAUCUUCCACAAGGGAUGACGCAAGAAGAAGUCCGAUCGUUGUUCACAUCAAUCGGCGAAAUCGAGUCAUGCAAAUUGGUGCGCGAUAAAAUGACUGGACAGUCCCUUGGUUACGGUUUUGUUAAUUACGUGCGCGAGGAGGAUGCUCUUCGAGCCGUCACAUCGUUCAACGGGCUCAGACUUCAGAACAAAACGAUCAAGGUAUCCUAUGCGCGUCCGUCGAAUGAUCAGAUCAAAGGCUCGAAUUUGUAUGUCUCGGGGAUACCGAAAUCGAUGACGCUCAACGAGCUGGAAUCAAUAUUUCGACCGUUUGGCCAAAUUAUCACCUCAAGAAUUCUUUCGGAUAAUGUGACCGGCCUCUCGAAAGGCGUUGGAUUUGUGCGUUUCGAUAAGAAGGAUGAGGCGGAUGAGGCGAUUCGAACGCUGAACGGCACGAUACCGGCGGGCUGCACCGAUCAGAUCACGGUGAAGUUCGCCAACAAUCCGGCGACGAACACGGCGAAGAAUGUGCUCCAAGAGCUGGAAGCUGUCCAGCAAGCGGCGAGUUUAGUGCCGCUGACGACCAUUCUUGGUGCCGCGCCGCUUCCGCGAACAUCAGCGUUGGGGCCGAUUCAUCAUACGCCGAUGACGUCGAAAUAUCGGUAUUCUCCGAUGGGCGCGAUCUCGGUGGCUCAGCCGGCGGCGGCCGCGGCCGCCGCCGCCGCCGCCGUUCCCGCUGAUUAUCUGACGACGUCGGCGCUUCUCCAAAUGUCGCAGUUGAACGCGCUCGCCGGAUUCGGCGGAUUACCGGGAGGUUUGAUGGCGUCGCCGAUGACCGAUUUGACAGCGCUGCUCGCCCAUCAGCAGCAGCAGCAACAGCAACAGCAGCAGCAGCACGCGGUGGCCGCUGUUCAGCAGACAGCCAGCCCGCCGUCGACUGCUGCCGCUGUGCAGGCUCAGGCGCAGUUGGCGGCGCUUUCGGCGACAGUCGCCGCCGGUUUGCCGGCGUCCGACACCGCUGGCUAUUGCCUGUUCGUCUACAAUCUUGGCCCCGACACCGACGACAGCCUUCUCUGGCAAUUAUUCUCACCGUUUGGUAGUGUGAUGAGUGUCAAGAUUAUUCGCGACUUCAGCACGCAAAAAUGCAAAGGCUACGCGUUCGUAUCGUUGAGUGGCUACACUGAAGCCUACAAUGCGAUGGUCUCGCUAAACGGGACCCAAUUAGGUAGUCGGACCCUUCAAAUAUGCUUCAAGCCGUCAUCAACAACACCGUCGGCGGCAGGAUUGAUUCGUUAG